AUGACAGCAGAUGAAUUGGUUUUCUUUGUGAAUGGCAGAAAGGUGGUGGAGAAAAAUGCAGAUCCAGAGACAACCCUUUUGGCCUAUCUGAGAAGAAAGUUGGGGCUGAGUGGAACCAAGCUCGGCUGUGGAGAGGGGGGCUGUGGGGCUUGCACAGUGAUGCUCUCCAAGUAUGAUCUUCUGCAGAACAAGAUUGUCCACUUUUCUGCCAAUGCCUGCCUGGCCCCCAUCUGCUCCUUGCACCAUGUUGCAGUGACAACUGUGGAAGGAAUAGGAAGCACCAAGACGAGGCUGCAUCCUGUGCAGGAGAGAAUUGCCAAAAGCCACGGCUCCCAGUGCGGGUUCUGCACCCCCGGCAUCAUCAUGAGUAUGUACACACUGCUCCGGAAUCAGCCCGAACCCACCAUGGAGGAGAUUGAGAAUGCCUUCCAAGGAAAUCUGUGCCGCUGCACAGGCUACAGACCCAUCCUCCAGGGCUUCCGGACCUUCGCCAGGGAUGGUGGAUGCUGUGGAGGAGAUGGGAACAAUCCAAAUUGCUGCAUGAACCAGAAGAAAGACCACUCAGUCAGCCUAUCGCCAUCUCUAUUCAAACCAGAGGAGUUCACGCCCUUGGAUCCCACCCAGGAGCCCAUUUUUCCCCCAGAGUUGCUGAGGCUGAAAGACACUCCUCGGAAGCAGCUGCGAUUUGAAGGGGAGCGUGUGACGUGGAUACAGGCCUCAACCCUCAAGGAACUGCUGGACCUCAAGGCUCAGCACCCUGACGCCAAGCUGGUGGUGGGGAACACGGAGAUUGGCAUUGAGAUGAAGUUCAAGAAUAUGCUGUUUCCUAUGAUUGUCUGCCCAGCCUGGAUCCCUGAGCUGAAUUCGGUAGAACAUGGACCCGACGGUAUCUCCUUUGGAGCUGCUUGCCCCCUGAGCAUUGUGGAAAAAACCCUGGUGGAUGCCGUUGCUAAGCUUCCCGCCCAAAAGACAGAGGUGUUCAGAGGGGUCCUGGAGCAGCUGCGUUGGUUUGCUGGGAAGCAAGUCAAGUCUGUGGCGUCCGUUGGAGGGAACAUCAUCACUGCCAGCCCCAUCUCCGACCUCAACCCCCUGUUCAUGGCCAGUGGGGCCAAGCUGACACUUGUGUCCAGAGGCACCAGGAGGACUGUCCGGAUGGACCACACCUUCUUCCCUGGCUACAGAAAGACCCUGCUGAGCCCGGAGGAGAUACUGCUCUCCAUAGAGAUCCCCUACAGCAGGGAGGGGGAGUAUUUCUCAGCAUUCAAGCAGGCCUCCCGGAGAGAAGAUGACAUUGCCAAGGUAACCAGUGGCAUGAGAGUUUUAUUCAAGCCAGGAACCACAGAGGUAGAGGAGCUGGCCCUUUGCUAUGGUGGAAUGGCCAACAGAACCAUCUCAGCACUCAAGACCACUCAGAGGCAGCUUUCCAAGCUCUGGAAGGAGGAGCUGCUGCAGGACGUGUGUGCAGGACUGGCGGAGGAGCUACAUCUGCCUCCCGAUGCCCCUGGUGGCAUGGUGGACUUCCGGCGCACCCUCACCCUCAGCUUCUUCUUCAAGUUCUACCUGACAGUCCUUCAGAAGCUGGGCCAAGAGAACCUGGAAGACAAGUGUGGUAAACUGGACCCCACUUUCGCCAGUGCAACUUUACUCUUUCAGAAAGACCCCCCAGCCAAUGUCCAGCUCUUCCAAGAGGUGCCCAAGGGUCAGUCUGAGGAGGACAUGGUGGGCCGGCCCCUGCCCCACCUGGCAGCGAACAUGCAGGCCUCUGGUGAGGCCGUGUACUGUGACGAUAUUCCUCGCUACGAGAAUGAGCUGUCUCUCCGGCUGGUCACCAGCACCCGGGCCCAUGCCAAGAUCAAGUCCAUAGAUACAUCAGAAGCUAAGAAGGUGCCAGGGUUUGUUUGUUUCAUUUCCGCUGAUGAUGUUCCUGGGAGUAACAUAACUGGAAUUUGUAAUGAUGAGACAGUCUUUGCGAAGGAGAAGGUUACUUGUGUUGGGCAUGUCAUUGGUGCUGUGGUUGCUGACACCCCGGAACACACACAGAGAGCUGCCCAAGGGGUGAAAAUCGUCUAUGAAGAACUACCAGCCAUUAUCACAAUUGAGGAUGCUAUAAAGAACAAUUCCUUUUAUGGACCUGAGCUGAAGAUCGAGAAAGGGGAUCUCAAGAAGGGGUUUUCCGAAGCAGAUAAUGUUGUGUCAGGGGAGAUAUACAUUGGUGGCCAAGAACACUUCUACCUGGAGACUCACUGCACCAUUGCUGUUCCAAAAGGCGAGGCAGGGGAGAUGGAGCUCUUUGUGUCUACACAGAACACCAUGAAGACCCAGAGCUUUGUUGCAAAAAUGUUGGGGGUUCCAGCAAACCGGAUUGUGGUUCGAGUGAAGAGAAUGGGAGGAGGCUUUGGAGGGAAGGAGACCCGGAGCACUGUGGUGUCCACAGCGGUGGCCCUGGCUGCAUAUAAGACCGGCCGUCCUGUGCGCUGCAUGCUGGACCGUGAUGAGGACAUGCUGAUAACUGGCGGCAGACAUCCCUUCCUGGCCAGAUACAAGGUUGGCUUCAUGAAGACUGGGACGGUUGUGGCUCUUGAGGUGGAUCACUUCAGCAAUGUGGGGAACACCCAGGAUCUCUCUCAGAGUAUUAUGGAACGAGCUCUAUUCCACAUGGACAACUGCUAUAAAAUCCCCAACAUCCGGGGCACUGGGCGGCUGUGCAAAACCAACCUUCCCUCCAACACGGCCUUCCGGGGCUUUGGGGGGCCCCAAGGGAUGCUCAUUGCUGAGUGCUGGAUGAGUGAAGUCGCAGUGACCUGUGGGAUGCCUGCAGAGGAGGUGCGGAGGAAAAACCUGUACAAAGAAGGGGACCUGACACACUUCAACCAGAAGCUUGAGGGUUUCACCUUGCCCAGAUGCUGGGAAGAAUGCCUAGCAAGCUCUCAGUAUCAUGCUCGGAAGAGUGAGGUUGACAAGUUCAACAAGGAGAAUUGUUGGAAAAAGAGAGGAUUAUGCAUAAUUCCCACCAAGUUUGGAAUAAGCUUCACACUUCCUUUUCUGAAUCAGGCAGGAGCCCUGCUUCAUGUGUAUACAGAUGGCUCUGUGCUGCUGACCCAUGGUGGGACUGAGAUGGGCCAAGGCCUUCAUACCAAAAUGGUCCAGGUGGCCAGCAGAGCUCUGAAAAUCCCCACCUCUAAGAUUUACAUCAGCGAGACAAGCACUAACACUGUGCCCAACACCUCUCCCACGGCUGCCUCUGUCAGCGCUGACCUCAAUGGACAGGCCGUCUACGCGGCUUGUCAGACCAUCUUGAAAAGGCUGGAACCCUACAAGAAGAAGAAUCCCAGUGGCUCCUGGGAAGACUGGGUCACAGCUGCCUACAUGGACACCGUGAGCUUGUCUGCCACUGGGUUUUAUAGAACACCUAAUCUGGGCUACAGCUUUGAGACUAACUCAGGGAAUCCCUUCCACUACUUCACCUAUGGGGUGGCUUGCUCUGAAGUAGAAAUUGACUGCCUAACAGGAGAUCAUAAGAACCUACGCACAGAUAUUGUCAUGGAUGUUGGCUCCAGUCUAAACCCUGCCAUUGAUAUUGGACAGGUGGAAGGGGCAUUUGUCCAGGGCCUUGGCCUCUUCACCCUAGAGGAGCUACACUAUUCCCCUGAGGGGAGCCUGCACACCCGUGGCCCUAGCACCUAUAAGAUCCCCACAUUUGGCAGCAUCCCCAUUGAGUUCAGGGUGUCCCUGCUCCGCGACUGCCCCAACAAGAAGGCCAUCUAUGCAUCGAAGGCUGUUGGAGAGCCGCCCCUCUUCCUGGCUGCUUCUAUCUUCUUUGCCAUCAAAGAUGCCAUCCGUGCAGCUCGAGCUCAGCACACAGGUAACAACGUGAAGGAACUCUUCCGGCUAGACAGCCCUGCCACCCCGGAGAAGAUCCGCAACGCCUGUGUGGACAAGUUCACCACCCUGUGUGUCACUGGUGUACCAGAAAACUGCAGACCCUGGUCUGUGAGGGUCUGAAGAGAGAGUCCUCAGCAGAGUCUUCUUGUGCUGCCUUUGGGCUUCCAUGAAGCAGGAGGAACAUACCACAGAACAUGGAUCUAUUAAAGUCACAGAAUGACAGAGCUGUGAUUUGUCAGGAUGGGAUUUGGAAGACAAGUGAAUGCAAUGGAAGAUUUUGAUCAAAAAUGUAAUUUGUAAACAUAAUGAUAAGCAAAUUCAAAACUGUUAGGUCUCAAUGGUGAAUAUGCAAUUAGAAUCAUUUUCUGUCUGUUUUAAUCAUAUAUUUGGAAUAGGGUCGGGAAGGGUUUGUGCUAUUCCCCACUUACUGGACUGCCUGUGUAACCUCAAGUUCUGAUGGUGUCUGUCCUUCGAAGAGGAUUCCCACAAACCUCUAGAAGCUUAAACCGAAGUUACUUUAAAUCAUGUGCCUUCGUCUGAAAGCCUUGCCUUCAAUCCAAUGAACAGCAAAGCAUAACCUUGAAUUUACACUCAAAUUUUGCAAUGAGGCAGUGGGGUAAGGUUAAAUCCUCUAACCAUCUUUGAAUCAUUGGAAAGAAUAAAGAAUGAAACAAA